GUUGUGUGGAUCGAGCCGGGUACCAAUGUCUUCCUAAUGCAAGCCGUCUUGUACAACCGUGGUACGUCUGAUGCGGAAGUGAAGUAUGACCCGGAGAAGGUGGAUUUCGCAAUCAGUUUGCAAUUGGGCAAGGUCCACGUAAUCUUCCUGUAUUGGUUCCUACGAAGAGUCCUUGGUUUCAUGGAGGCCUUCCAAUCAGCAACAGACUACGCUGUGGCGAAGGCAUCGGAAGUAACCGAUGCAGCAAAGACGCAGGUCCAGCAGGUGGUGAAUCAGGCGACGUCACCGAGAAUAGCUCUAGCGAUAAACAUUGAAGCUCCAGUGAUCUACAUGCCGCAGAACUCGAAGUCUCGGAGCGCUCUGGUCUUCGAUCUAGGUCAUAUUUCGGUUAAAAACCAGUUUGAAGUUGUGCCCAAGCCAAUUUCGAAGACGGAAGACUCUGAUGAUGUGCUAAUGAUGGAUCACAUGAGUGUUACCCUGGAAGAUUUACGAAUGUCGGCAGCUCUUCUAGUCGAUGGGGGGAUAGCGGUUGACAGAAAUGUGAUCCAGCCAAUUAACCUGAGUCUCCACAUGAGCCGAAAGGUCUUCCCCUCCAAAGACGACGGAGUUCCUCUCUUUGUCGUUUCAGGAGCUCUCGAAUCAGUCAGGCUUUCCAUGACGUUCGGCGACUACAAAUUAGUCAACGAGGUUUUUGUCGACAACUUUGAGGAAGCAGACAACUUGUUGGGCCCAACUUUGCAGUCCAACACUGUCGAUUCAGAAAAUGCGGGUCUUCCUGUGAAUGUUUACGAGGAAAACACCAAAAAGGCCAGCAACGCGACCCAAGAAGCCUUGCCCCAUGCCACCGACAAAAAUGCCACGUGGAAUUUUGUUUUAAAGCGACUGGAGGUCGAACUAUUUUCAGGCACAAAUGACACGAAAAACUGGAAUGAAGAAAUCCACGCAAGUCGACGUUUGGGUGUCUUCACGUGUACUGAACUGCACCUCGAAGGUGACGUUCUGGCCGACAACUCGUCAAACGUCACAGCGCGUUUGAAAGACGUCUCUCUGACCGACACUCGACCGCACUCGACCAACCACAUUGUCAAUUUUCACGCUACUCAAUUUGUUACCGUUGUUAUGGCUUUUAAGUGUUUUCUGACACAUCACAUUAACCCAAUUUUCAGUAUUCUCAGCCAGGCAGGCGAUUCACAAAAUGGCGCGUCGAAUUUCAUCGAAGUCUUCUACCAUUCGGAUACACAGUCAAAUCAGACUCUCGAUGUGAACGUUUGUAGUAUAAUGGUGUGUGCUUCGCUGGACUACUUCAUGAUACUGUCGAAAUUCUUCAUUGAUGGGGCACCUCAAAGCAAGACUCCUAGUACGAAACCCGUUCCACCACCCUCUCGGAAAUCUUUGACUGCAAAGGCAACGCGUACUGUGUCCACGCACACUCCGCCAUCUCCGAAGAUUGGAACUCUUGCCAUUAAGACCAACAUAGACGAUCCUGAGAUUAUUCUGCCGGAAGACAUGUCAAAUCCAAAUUGCAACGCCAUCCUCAUAACGACAAGCCUAGACUUCAGCUACACAAUGCUUCAGGAAGAAACAGUGAUGAAUGCCAGCAUUGGCAAAUUCAGGGUUCUUGCCUGUCCAUUUCAACGCGAAAAGAGAGAGAAUAACAGUAUGGAGCUCAUCCCGGCAACUUCCGUUUUCUUCUACGCUCGGCAAUCUAUCUCCUCUGCACUGCACGGCACAAUUAACAUGGAUUCGCUCAUUAUCAACGUCAAUGCUUCCGUUAUCCGCUCAAUUUCGAAAAUAGUUAAUCAACUAAGUGAAGAGACAUUUGCUACCUCACUGAAUACGCCGUCUGCUGCUCUUCCACGUCAUACUUCCGAACAGGGUGCCGACCUCGCAGGGGACUUUUGGGCAGCCAAGCCAAUUAAAGCCACUGACAUCCCCAUUCCCCAGGGACAGUUGGCUUAUGCAGACCCCGCAACUGAGGCUGAAAGUUGCGAUGUUGCCAAUCUCCUUUUGGAAGUGGACGAACGAUGUCAAGAAAAGAUACUCGUUUCUAUUAAGUAUGUUUGUCUCUCAAUGGAGUCGCAGAUCGGCCGCAAGCAAGUUCCAAUGCUACUCAUGGAAGCCAACAUUGAGGGCGAAAUAAAGUCGCCUUCCACUUCUUUGGAAGUGAGUUUGAACUUUGAGCUAACCGUUUCCUACUACAACGAUCAUGUUAACGAGUGGGAACAACUGCUGGAGACCCUUCCGGAAGAUGGUAAUCGUCUGUGGUCCAUGCAGUUGGAGUAUACCUCGGGCGAACAAGAAGAUCCGCACUCUAAAAAGGACCGCCAGACGAUGUCAAAUGUGAAGAAUUCUGGCUACACGCUCUCUCUCCUCUCUCAGGACAAUCUUGAAAUUACUAUCUCCAAAACCGCUCUUGACGUCCUGAGCAAACUCGGCAAGGUCAGUUCCUUUAUGUACACUCCUUCCCAAUCUCCCGUUUUGCCAUAUUCCUUUGAGGAUGCUUACGUUUCACCGACGACAACAGUGGCUGCCAGAGAAACGGUUGCAAUCAACGCGCCCUACCUGCUGCGCAACCAGACAGGUCUCCGGCUGGUGGUGCUGGUCGACGGGCAACGCCUGCGGACUACGGAGGAUUCCCCUGCAGACAAGUCAGGCUCUUCACACAACCUCACCGCCGCCAAGCAAAGGGUUGGUCUCGUCGGGCAUAUUCUCAAUUCAGGGGAUAACCUUGGCUUGUAUGAUGCACUAAUGAACAAAGCGCCAACUGUUCAGAAUCUCAGGUCGUCACCCAUUUCUCCACCUCGCUCCAUCAACCUCGGUCUUUCCCCGGAACCUAUUAGCACGGCUGCUGAUUGGGGUUCUGUGGUCUCUCAGACAGCCGCUAUCAAAAUCCAUCGUACGGCCAACUACAUUGUUUCGGUUGCCUCUAUUAAAGACGUCGAAAAGUGCCUACCCAUUGUCGCCAAUAUUACCGCCUUUUUGGGCCAGAAAACUCUUUACCUACAGUCGACACUCCAGGUACGGGCUAAUCUGGUGUCGUCUCAAAUGGUUUUUCUCGUGAAUGAGGCUCCUCAUGCCAUCAGAAUCUACUCGUUCCAUUCUAGUGACGGCAAGGUCACUCAAGACCUUUUGACUGUUGUUGCUGGUGGUACCACGUACCCCUUACCUGUGGAAGUUGUUACCGCGCAUGAAGUCACUGGAAUCCUGAUGUGCCCCGAUCUAGACGAAGCCUCACCUUCUACCGACGUUGUCUACUGGCCCUCGAAAGCGUGCCCUCAGACUGCGAGAAGGUCAGAUCGUGGAGAGACUUGCAUCUACUUGCUCCCCCGUUCUGACUCCACAGGGGUGGGCGAAUGGCCGGUGCAAAACGUGGCCUGCCCUGUUCCGUUGAAGGCGGGCGCGGGCACUGACCUCAUAGUCUACAAUUACACUGUCACCAUAGAACCACGCUUUUCUGACGCCGAGGAGGAGCGCCCAAUAUUCGUCCAGCCGCCUUCCGCAGCGGCUCUCGAACCAAGUGCCUACAAUAUGGUCAUCCGUACACCCGCCUCUCUCCACAACCACCUGCCCGUGCCCAUCAAUCUUGAUGCCAACGUAAGUCCACUAUUUCAGAGGGCUAACAAUUGGGGUGAAUUUGACUUGGUAAUGUGGCUGAAGAACUCGUGGAGAGUUUUGAUCGGCGGCAUCAGGCAAAAUGGGCGGUUGUGCUUGGUUGUAGUCAUGCCUCCGAACGGUGAUAAUGUGGAAACAAUUGCUUCCGAUGAGGCACAAGCAUUCGCGUCGUCUGCAUCGGCACAGGAAAUUCGGUCGGAAGUUGAAGCUGGCCACACUUCCGUUCUGUACACCGUGAAUCCCACUGAGUUUUCAUUCAGCAUCUACUUCACGUAUGAUAAGAAGGACUACUUCGGUCGCAUUGUUUUCAACUCCAAGACUGAAGAAAUUUCACUUCUCCAAUGUGAAACUCACGAUGGCUACGACAUCUCCUUUCUUAAUCUGGGCCUGCGUUGUCUGCGUCGCCUGGGUCAUGUGGAUUUGACCGUAUACUCUUCCUAUUGGAUGGUUAACAAAACUGGCCUUUCUCUUUCAUACAAGGAUCAGACCGAAUUCGAAGUGCAUCACCCUGCCAAUUUCCCUGGCGUUCUGCUCUACUCGGUGGUAUCCAAGGCAAUGUUUCUUCAGCACAAGUCCUCUAGUCAACUUCAACUGCAUUCCCUCAGUGAUUCUGAUCCAGAAAAGGGUGAUAGCAACACAUCCGCCUCGGCGACACCCCAGCAUCAUUGGCACAGGCCUUUCAAAGCCAGACAUCGUGGACUCCAUCUGGCUCGUAAAGUCAAGAUCGUCAUGCGGACUGACGACUCACUCUGGUCCCCGAAAUUCUCACUGGACACUGUCGGAAGUUGGGACCGGGUGCACUGCGAGGGAACUCUUGGGAGGUCUUACGAGAUUGGUGUCAAGAUCAAUCUCUCUGCUUCUGGUCUCACGAAAAUCAUCACCUUUAUGCCUUACUUCAUGAUUGUAAACAAAUCACCGGUAAGGCCAAUAACGAUCGAGUGUGCUCAAGUUCGGGAUACCACUCAAAACAUCACCGACUCCUGGAUCUCCGUAGAGGCGGGUGACGUGAAGCCUUUUUGGCCGGCCACUGGUGACACCCAAAAGAUGCUUAUGACCUGUCGUUUGGACAAAAACACAACCUCCAAUCACUUCCCUCUCUACGAGUCCAUCACUAUCCUUCUGAAGUUGCCUAAUCCUGUAGGAAGUUACAUACCAGUGUUCUUUAGUUUGUUCAAGACCUAUAUUGGUUUAUACGCUGACGUGCAGACGACAAAUGAGGCAACAGUUAUCAAUCUUCAGCUUUACAAAGAGGGAAUGGCAUUAGUUCAUAUCAUCAACGAUUUGGAUGGUCAACGGGAUGUUUUCUUCUAUCAGAAGCAAGACAGUUACGAGGUAUUUGUGUUCGAAAAUACCAACAUUCAUGUGGUGUCAUUCCUCUCUAAGUUGCAAAGGACUCUUCUGUUAACAACUGAUCCUAUGUUAGCGAAUCUAACGGCCAAGUUCGGAGAACUGGAGUCGGUGACCGACAGCAUAUCCUUGGUUCUGCAGUCUAUUGGCAUUUCUAUGGUGGCCAAUCAGCUUUGCCAGGAAAUUUGCUACAUCUCGAUUCGCAGUUCCGAUGUGUUAUGGAAUAAGAUGAAGCGCGGCAACCAAAUGAAGCCGUUGAAACCGGACGUGAGCGAAGCCCUCGAGUCCCUCUACACGUCUUUUCUGAAUAAACUUCAGCUAGGGGAGGAGUUUCCCAAGCGCAUAACCCUUCCACAGUCGAUCCGACCCACGACCACCGUGGACAUGAAUCAGAUGGUCAUGCUGGAGCCCGAGAACUGCGCUCUGCAACGCACCUUCGAGCCGGGCAUUCAAAUCCAGUAUCGUGCCUCGCUUAACCAGAUGCAAAUCCACGCCAAAAUCUUUCGCCUGCAGGUCGAUUCGCAGCGUCUUGAUUCCACCUUCCCAGUCGUGUUUGCACCUUUUCCACAGUCCGCGUCGGUUGUUGUUGAAUCUGGUAAUUUUUGCAUUCGACGCCCGAAGUCACUGGUUGAGAUCUUCGCCGUCAUCUGUAAGACCACGGACAAAGAGGUGUAUAGAUUCAAACGCUUGGAGUGUUUGAUUCAGGAGAUGCAGUUCAAACUGGACCAGGGCUUCCUCAACGACAUGAUCGACUUCUGUUCUGGAAGCGUCACCGUCCAGGAUGAGCUGGAAGGUUUUCUUUCUGAUCAGAAGUUGACGCGUGGCGAACUUGUUGAUGCUCCCGUGGUGAAAGACGUGCUGUAUAGCGGCAAAGAGUCAAUCAUCGACUAUAUGCACAUUUCGCCGAUUAAGAUGCAUGUCAGUUUCUCGUUGGUUGGAGGUUCUCAAGAAGGUCAGCCCAGCGCACUCCAUAGCGAUGUCGUCAAACUCUUCCUCCAGUCUCUCGGAGUUGCCCUAACAGAUGUGCAGGAUGUCGUCUUCAAAUUAGGCUACUUCGAGCGCAGGGGCCGGAUAAUGUCCUUCUCCAAAAUCCUAGCUGAGAUGGCUCGCUACUACACUGGUCAGGCAAUAAAGCAAACCUACGUACUCAUUCUCGGCUUGGACGUGAUCGGGAAUCCCUUCGGUGUUAUUCGAGGCAUGGCACAGGGCGUUGAAGACCUCUUUUAUGAGCCAGUCAAGGGUGCUGUUAUUGGUACAGAGGAAUUCGCGGAGGGUGUUGCGUUGGGUGUUAAAAGCCUAUUCGGACAUACUGUUGGCGGAGCGGCUGGUGCGAUGUCACGCAUCACGGGCACCCUGGGCAAGGGCGUGGCGGCGCUCACCCUCGACGACGACUACAAGCGUCGACGACGCGAGGAGAUGACUCGGGCGCCUGAAAACUUCGGUGUUGGCAUGGCCCGAGGCGGCAAAGGCCUGGUUAUGGGUGUUGUCGGUGGAGUUACGGGCAUCAUCACACAGCCGAUGGCUGGAGCUAAAAAGGAUGGUGUGGAAGGCUUCUUCAGGGGUCUGGGCAAGGGUCUCAUUGGCACCGUGACCCGGCCCAUUUCUGGAGUUGUCGACUUCGCCAGUAGCUCUCUCGAGGGCAUCAGGCGAGUCACCUCCACUUCAAAAGAUGUUCUUCCUGUCCGACCCUCCCGAUUCAUCGGUCUUGAUGGAGUCAUUCGUCCAUACGACCGCAACGAAGCCGAAGGGAACGUCCUUCUUAAUCAAUUUCGUGACAAAUCCACCUCGGAAGAAUAUGUCUACCACGUACCAAUAAGACGGCCUAAAGGUGUCUGCCUGUUGACUACUGAACGAAUUUUGGUAAUAACAAUGAAUGAGAUGUUGGGCAGUUGCACCCUCGACUGGGAUGUCCCACUCUCACUUCUGAAUGGCGUGCCACAACAGUAUGAUGGUGGUCUGGAAAUUAGGCUAAGCAAGGUUUCGAAGACGAAGCUAUUCGCCAGUACGUCUAACACAAAGCAGAUUGAGUGCUCCGUGGAUCACGCCCGGGUACGUUGCUCAUGGUCUCAUCCCAUGCACCGGCGUUUGUUACCGCGCUUGCCAUCAAGGCCAGAACUUAGACUAAUUGUUGGCAUUAUCGACCCCUAA